ACCCACUUCUCCACGCCGAUUUGCGCCCGCGCGCCGAUUCGCCGGCCCCGAAACGAUGCGCGCGAUGCUGGCGGCCGCGGCGAUGCUUGGGACGGCUCAGGCCUGGAGCUCAGGGGCUGUAAGCUGCGCGCUGCUUCAGACAAAGCAGGCGAGGCAAACGCCGGCGUUUCACUAUGAGCCGCAGCAGAUGUGGAAUCUGGACGCCGACGGCGGCCCGUGGCGCGUGGCAGGCUCGGAGCUGCUGUUCCCCUCGCACGGCGAAACGGAGGUAUCGCACCUGAGCGGCGGGCGCCUGGAGGUGUGGCGGCCUCUGCAGCGCUGGCGCCUGGACUUGGCCCUGCCGGCCACGCAGAAUCGCAGCCACCCGGGUAAGAACCCGGCCUUGCUGCCACUGCCAGAAAGGCUCUCUGACGCCUUUCCAGAGGGCCGCUGGCUGGCCGCCGGCCGCGCAGGCUGGAUGCGCUGCCCCGGCAUGGAGGACUUUGCAGCGGGCCAGGCGGAGUACAUGAUGAACACCUACUGCUCAGGAUCCUACGCAGCGGUCCUGGACAAGGACUUUCGGGUCCUGGCGCGGAGCAAGAUCGCCGUGGAGGGCGACGAUCGAACGGAGGGCGCCGUCAUGGACCUUCGGCUCUUUGCCCACAGCAGCGGGCGGAUCCUCGUGAGCUUCCAGGCCUACUGCCAGCUGGAGCUCACCCACGCCUUCCUGGCUGAGCUCCAUUUAGACGUCGGCCCGAGAUUUCUCCGGGCCUGGCUGCGAAGCUCAGAGCUGCAGCGGCUCAAGGACUGCAGAAAGGACACGGCCAAGAAGAACCCGGGCUUUCUGGAGUCACAGGGGAGGACUUACAUCCUCGAUCGCGUGUACCCCACAACUGCCGGAGUGCUGGACGAGAUAGUCCAUCACGAGAGCCACAACCUGACGACUCGGAACGGGGAGCUUCAUGUGCAGACCACCUGCCUGCACACAGAGCCUAAGCUUGUCUCGGCUGCUGCUCCGACGUCUCCCUGGCGGAACUGCCGGGGCCAGCAGGGGCCGGUCAGAUUGCACAACGGCCCCAGCCCGGUGUGGCUGAAGGAUCGCCAGGUCUUCCUGGGGCUGGGGCACUUGCGCCGGGGCCGACGAGAAGCCGCCCCAGGCUACUUCCUGCCGCACCACUACACUCAUCAGUUCUUCUUGCUUGCAGGUACACCUCCCUUCGGUCUGCUGGCAGUGACCACGGAGUUCUGCUUCAGCAGCCGCCAAGACGAAGAAGACUGCGAAAGCAUCCAGUUCGCCUCCUCCUUGCUGCUGGAGGGCGACAGUCUGCUCAUCGGCUUGGGAGUUCAGGACUGCGAGAGCUUUGUGCACAGGUUCGACUUGCAUUACGUGCUGGGGCGCCUGAUCAACGUGUCCGGGUAGAUGAAAGCGGCCGGUGCAGCCGCUUAUACUUGCAGC